AUGCGCUCUUUGGCUUCAGCUACUCAGACAUCUUCUGGUAUUGUCUCCUCAUCCCUUUUAUCUUCCGUUGAUGUUUCCUCUUCUCUGACUAUGUCAGAAAAUUUCCAAAAUUCAUCUUUACUAGGAACUGCAAAUUCUCUGCAGCUCUCUCUUCCUGUGGUAAGCAAUGAAGCUCCUCUAACAGGAAGUGUCUGCAACUUCUCCAGAGUUUCUGCUCCAGCCGUUAGCUCAGCAUGGCUACUCCCAUCAUCCUCUGGCACCUCUUUCCAGUCACUCAUGGGUAGUGCCUACCUUUACCAACAUUCUGGAACAACCAUGUUGUCUGGGGUUACUGGCCAGAACCAGAUCUCCACUUCAAAUGCCUCCUAUCCAGGUAUUUUUGAGUGGGAUAUCACAGGAAGCACUGAAAAGUCAUCUUCACUUGGGGACCUCACUGUGACUGUUAUUGACCCGGACACAACUCUUUCUUCCAUGUCCACAACAAACCAGUAUGAUAAAACUUCAGAUGCCAAUGCCUUAGUCCCUCUGUACCCAUCACUGUCUGCCAGCCUUGUUCAGGGGACACCAUCUCAGAUUCCAAAUCAAGGACAUAGCCUGUCACUUCCCUACCAGGAAGGAAGCCAGGUCUAUUACUAUAAUCAAAGCACACUAGGACCUCUACUGUCUGGAGAACUUAGCCCAUGUCUGCAAUCCUACGGCUCUAUGUCAUACACAGGGAGCAUGGCCUCUGCCUCUCAACCAGAAGUGGUGAUGGUGCUAAAGGAGAUUCAACCUACAAAUGUCCUACCAACUGCCUCCACUCCUAGAAUCUACUACUCUAUGUCUGCUCAACCCAUUACAGACACAAGUUUUCAAGUGAUGGAAACUUCCCUGGGGAUGGAUACUUCCCUAGGGAUGGAUAAUUCCCUGGGAUUGCAACCUCCAAGCCAGACACUUUCUCUGCCACAAACUCCAGAAUUCCCCAAGUCCUGCAGUAGCAGAAAUAUCCAGAUAAUUGAGAGUAACCCACCUCCUGACUUCGGGGAUAUUUCUUUAAUAGCUCCAGUCCAGAGUCCUUCUGAUUUCUUGGCACUAAGUCCAGUUUCCAGCCAGGAAAAAACAGAGAAUAAGAAUUUAGAUGAGAUUACAAUGAAGCUUCCAAAGCCUCUGGAUGCCUAUCCGAUCCCAAUAGAAAACCAUGAUCCUCCACUACUUCCUUUAGAAAUCCCUGAUAUUCACCAGCUUCUGGCCUGCAUUGAUCCUCUUGGCCAUGAGGUGCAGCCUGAUGCUAACAUUGCCAGUCUAGGAAAGAAUAGCCUGAGUCUUGAGGACCACGGGACACUUGAAAAUGAGAUGGAGUCUAGCAGUAGUUUUUCAGACAUCACAACACUGGUGAAAGAUAUUAACCUUCCCCAGCUCUUUGAUUCCUUAAAAGAUCUUGACCAAUCCAAAGAUCUUACAGGAUUCAAAGCCAAAGAUACCAAAGCCAUCAAGGUGAAUCAGGUACAGGAAAAGUCAAGUGUCAUUAAGGGUCCCUCUGAUCAAGUCAAGAAGAACAAGCUUAAAGCUUCUGAGCCUCUAAGUGAUGCUCCCAAGGCCAAAAUCCAAACAAAGAGCCCAGAGAACCUGUUUGGGGAAGAAGUGAUUAUUGUCAGUGCCAGUGACAGGGCUCCUGUGAACACUGCUAAGUAUUCUAACAGCAAACCUCAGAAAGCUGCGUCUAGCAAGAACAGCAAAGCUAAGGGUCAUAGGCAGGAAAAGACCAAAAAGGCCAGAGACAACAAUGCCAAGAAAGCUGAGGAAAGUAAGCGGUCAGGGAACAAAGUCAAGGCAGAAGAGAAGCCAACCAUUCCCAAGAUGAAGCGGAAGAGAAAUCAACUUGAGCUUAGCCAAGAGAAUUUUAAAAAGCCUCGAAGCUGCCUCGGCAUGCACAUGCUGGAGUCUGUGCAGGUUUUCCAUGCCCUGGGGAAGAAGAAUGAUAAAAAAACUGGACUCACUUCCUCCUGGAAUCUGGGGAAUACAAACAACACCAAAGAUCCCAAGCCAUCCCCAGCUUUUAAAUCAUGGCUGGAUACCCGACAUGAGGGUAAAGGUUCUGAGAAAACUCAAGUCAAAGCCCAGAAAACAGAUGGCAGUGCUGAAAAAGAAUGCUCAUCUCCAUCAGAUUAUGAGCUACCACCACCAGGGAAGGUCAAGUUGGUACCUUUGCCCUUUCCAACCAUGGAAAAACCUCAAGCUCGACCUGUCCCUCGACGGCCACAGUCUGUGGCCUCACAUAGGCCUGCUGCAGCUUACCCUGCCCGGCCUGGUUCGACUAACUCAGCUCAAUCUUCUGUAGUUAAUUCAUACCGACCAGCUCCUGCCAAUGCAUCUUCAAUAGGUCCUGCCAGACCAGCUCGGCCAAUUUCGACCAAUUCAGCUAGACCUGGUUCAAUCAACCCUACCCAGGUUAAUGUGCCUCAGUCUACUGCUUCUAAGCCUGCACUUUACAAAACAUCAUCUUGCACUUCUUUCCGACAGGAGCCUAUUUCCAAUGCUGUGAUCAAGCCCCAUUCACCAGCUAAGCCUCGAAACCAGUAUGUCCUCCAAGACUUCAGCACCCAACCAAUUCCAUGGAGGAAACCUGAUAUUUCUGGGCCAGUCAUAUCAAGGCCUAUCACAAAAGAGCAGAGGCCAGAGCGUGAAGCCAUGAAAAGGCAGGCUCAAGAAGAGCGUGAGAAUGCUGCCAAAUUCACCUCUCUGGGGAAACUGCAAUAUUUCAUUGAGAGAGAAAAAGAGAUGGAAAUUUCACAAUACUAUGGCUAUGUAAUGUAA